GUUUUGCUUUACCUUCGUGCGUGAAGACAUCAAUGAAAUGGAAAGAACGGUAAAGAAAAUUGUAAAUUAGGUGUUCUGUAUUUACGAUAUUUUAGUAGUGAAUAACUUAAUGGUGAAUCGUUUAUGGUCUUAUACCUUUUGAAGCAAUUUCUCUGAAGAAAUGGCGUCAACAGGCAGUACACCUUUUCCGAAAUGGCAACUUGCAAUACUUCUUGGCGCACCUCUUGCCAUUGGUUUAGGUUACCUUUAUCUCAGAAACAGAUUGGAGGAUCCAGAAAAGAAAAAAGUGUCGGAAUUAAAAGCCAAAACUACAAUUUCAUUGGAUAAUGAAGAAAACAACGCAAAGGCCUCUGAGAGCGCUAUCGACCGCGCCAUGAAACUGAAAGGUGCCGGAAACCGGGCUUUCCAUGCUGGGGAAUAUGAUAAAGCUAUAGCUUUGUACAACGAAGCCAUUGAAGCAUGCCCCCCUGACCGUCCGGUUGACCUUGCAACCUUUUACCAAAAUCGGUCUGCAUGCUACGAAAAGCGCGAGAUGUGGGAGCAAGUCAAGGAAGACUGUACAUUUGCUCUAAAGCUUAAUGAAAAAUAUGUUAAAGCUUUCUUGAGGCGUUCUCGUGCUGCUGAAAAGAGUGGCGAUCUUGUUCUAGCUCUUGAAGAUGUUACUUCAGCCUGCAUCCUUGAGAAGUUCCAAGUACAAAGUUCUCUGGUUAACGCUGAUAGAAUCCUGAAAGCUUUGGGUCGGCAACAUGCUCGCGAAGCACUGGCUAAACGUCGCCCUGUUAUGCCAUCUAAACAUUUCAUUAAAACUUAUUUCUCUGCGUUCUCUGAGGAUCCUAUUACAAAAAUACAACUUGAUGAUAAAACUGUUGGAGGAUUUGCAAGAGCAAAGCAAGCACUGGUUGCUCAAGAUUAUGAUUCCAUUGUAGAUGCAUGCACUGAAGAAAUCAAAGAUCCUAAUGGGAAAUACAAAAAUGAAGCCCUGUUGUUGCGAUCAACCUUCUAUUUACUAUUAGGAAGACAUGAUGAAGCACAGGCAGAUCUUGCUAAGGUUAUUGACAGUGAUGCUUCAACCAAGGUUAAGGUAAAUGCAUUAAUCAAGCGUGCUUCAUUAUUUACUCAACUGGAAAAUACUGAGCGCUGCCUUGAGGACUUUGCUAAGGCUGCACAGCUGGAUCCUAAUAAUUCAGAUAUUUACCACCAUCGUGGACAAGUGUAUUUGCUUCUGGAGCGUAUGGAUGAAGCUACAGCUGAAUUUGCAAAGGCUGUUGAGUUGAACCCUGACUUUUCCAUUGCUUACAUACAGAAGUGCUAUGCUGAUUACAGACAUGCACAAAUCAACAAGAAUGUUGGUGCUUUGACACAAGUACGUGCUGACUUUGAAAGGGCCUUGGAAAAGUUCCCUCGGUGCUCUGAAGCAUAUAUCCUGUUUGCUCAAGUGUUGUCAGAUCAGCAAGAGUGGGGCCGUGCAGAGGCACUGUUUGAUGCUGCACUCUCAGUAGACCCCAACAAUGCCACUUUGUAUGUACACAAAGGUUUGGUGCAGCUGCAGAAGAGCACAGAUUUUGAUAAGGCUGUUAAAUUGAUUAACAAAGCUAUUGAGAUGGAUGACAAAUGUGAUUUUGCAUAUGAGACACUUGGUACAAUUGAAGUACAGAGAGGAAACCUGAGACGAUCCUUAGAAUCAUUUGAAAAGGCUAUAUCAUUAGCCAAAACUGAACUAGAGAUGACACAUUUGUUCUCUCUAAAGGAUGCUGCAGCAGCACAACUGAAGGUGUCUGAGCGCUGGGGAUUGGACUGGACUGUAAGCUAGACUUGUGCCACAUAGCUUGCCUCAUACUCAACGAGAAUAAAACCUGGCCGUCCAUGAUUUGCCAGAGAGCUCAGUAUAAUGUUAUAAAUUAUUCUCUCUGUAUGUAUCCAAUUAUCUCUUUUUGUCCUUGUAUAAAAAAUGUUAUUUGUUGAAGCUUUAAGAAGAGUGCUUGAGAUACUAUUAUUUCAACGUGUCAUAUCACUUCUUAGAUGUUAUCAAAGAAUUGUGCCAGAUGGUAUUCUCGUUGUGGACUACUGGUACCUAGCCGCCGCGGACUCGCAUCGCAUCGAUAGUUAAGUUUGGUGUUAAUAUUCUAGCAAGCUUUUAAUGGGGCUUUUAAUUCCCAAACUAUUGUACUAAUAACAUGCACCCAAUACAGUUGUAAAAAUGACAGUUUCUAGAAACUUGUUUCUUGGUCAGUA